AUGGACUUGGCCAAGUUAUCCGGCCUCCUAUUGGCCUUAGUAAGCUCGACUGUUGCGGACUGUACUUUGAAUGACUUCAAUGCUACAGUUGGAGGACGCGCCCAGCUGUUAACCCCUUUCUCCUUACCCUGUUUCUCCAGCUACAAUGGGAAACCGGUGACUCCCGACAAUGCGGCCUGCGCUGUUAUCCAAGGAAACUACUCGGAUCCGUGGCUGCGAACAAAUUCUCCCAAUGGUUACAUGAAUAACCAGGAUGAGAUGUGGGCAUCUGAUCCUAGUGAUCAGUGCCUCCUCGAUAGUAGCAAUCCGACGGAUCCGCUGGCGUUCGUGAACGCCACCUGUCGGCAGGGUAAUCUACCCUCUCACUAUCUUGAAGUGCAGAGCGAGACGGAUGUGAUUGAAGCUUUCAAGUUCUCCAACUGCUCCGGCAAGAAGCUCGUUAUCAAAAAUAGUGGCCAUGAUUACCUCACCCGCAGCACUGGCCGUGACACGCUAUCCCUUUGGACGCGAAACCUGCGAUCUAUGUCCUACACUAUCACUGUCGGCGCCGGAGUCAACUUCGACGAGGCGUACGAAUUUGCACAGAAAAACAACGUAACCAUACUUGGCGGCUACUCACCUACCGUCGGCGUCUCAGGCGGUUGGAUACAAAACGGCGGUCAUUCCAUCUUGAGUCCCGUGUACGGUCUCGGCGUAGACCGUGUCCUCGAGUUCAAGAUUGUUACCCCAGACGGUGUCUACCGUACCGCCAAUGAAUUCCAGAACGCCGACCUCUUCUGGGCCCUCCGCGGUGGUGGCGGUGGAACCUUUGGCGUAGUCCUUGAAAGCACUCACCGUGUCGAGCCUGCUAUCCGCUUUGUCUCUGCCAACAUCAAGUUCCCCACUACCUCCACCAACAUGCUUCCAUUCAUGGAGAUUGUUGUCAACAACACCCUUAAAUGGGGACAGGAAGGAUGGGGCGGCCACAUCACCGGUAACACCCUCGUCAACAUCUCUCCUUUCCUCUCCAUCGAGCAAGCCGAGGUCUCUCUGGCAAGCGUAAUCGCCUACGCCAAAGCAAACGGCGGCUCCGCCACCAUCGAAGAGUUCACUUCUUGGUUCCCCUUUUACGAGAAAUAUGUCAAGACCAGCUCCGUCGCUGUCGGUGUCACUCGCUUCCCCGGAAGCCGACUGAUUCCCCGGUCCAUCUUCAAGACUGCGGAGGGUCGCACGAACCUCAUGGAUUACUUUGCAACCAUCCAAUCACUGGGCCAGACACCUUACAUUCCCGUCGUCGGACCAGUGUUGUACAACUAUACCGAAGGAUCGACCAGUGUCACUCCCGCCUGGCGUGAGGCUAUCUGGGAGUUGGGAUCUGGUGCCUCCUGGGAGUGGAACGCUACCCUUCCCACCCGGAAACAGAAGAUCGCGUCCAUUCAGAACAUGACAGCCGUUAUUGAGAGCAUUACCCCUGGCAGUGGUGCAUACAGCAACGAGGCCAACCCGUUCACGAAUGAUUGGGUCGAGGCGUGGUGGGGUGAUAACUAUGAGAAAUUGGUGAGCAUUAAGAACAAAUAUGAUCCCCAAGGUUUGUUGAGCUGCUGGAAGUGUGUUGGCUGGAAGGACUCGCAGGUUGCGGAUUCGCCCUUCGCUGGGCUUCUUUAA